AGUAAAUAACAGUGCGGGAUGUCCGAUGAUGGGCAUGCAACAACCUCAUGUGCAACAGCAACGAAAACAAUCGUUUGUGAUUAAACCAAUUAAGUUGAAAAAUGUCAUGUCUCAGGUAGAGACAUAUGAUACACUGUAUCCGGGAGCAACAGAAGUAAUGCCUUGCAACAAGGAUGUUUGUUUGGGAAGUGUUAUGUUCCCGAACAUGAUGGGCACAGAACCAAGAAAACGAGAAGUUGUAUUGCAACAUGCAAAGGAAUUUAUCGAUCAGUAUUACGCAUCGAUAAGGAGAUCCAAGUCUCCGGCUCACAUCACGCGAUGGCAACAAAUUCAGGAUGAAAUUGAGACAACCGGGUCGUAUCAACUGAACGAGACAGAGUUAAUUUACGGUGCAAAAUUGGCAUGGCGAAACUCAUCGCGUUGCAUCGGGCGAAUUCAAUGGGCAAAAUUACAGGUAUUCGAUUGUCGUUACGUUACAACAACAAGUGGUAUGUUCGAGGCAAUUUGUAAUCACAUUAAAUAUGCGACAAACAAAGGGAAUAUCAGAUCGGCAAUUACGAUUUUUCCGCAACGCACAGACGGCGCUCACGAUUAUCGCAUUUGGAAUCAACAAUUGAUACAAUAUGCGGGAUAUCGAAAUCCUGACGGGUCUGUGACAGGCGAUCCCGCAACUGUCGAAUUCACGGAUUUGUGCAUCAAGAUGGGAUGGCGCACAAAACGCACGGAAUGGGAUAUUUUGCCGAUAGUUGUUUCCGCGAACGGACACGAUCCGGAUUUCUUUGAAUAUCCGCCGGAUUUGGUGCUCGAAGUUACAAUAACACAUCCAACUUAUGAGUGGUUCAAAGACUUGAAUUUGCGAUGGUAUGCAGUCCCGGCAGUGUCAUCAAUGUUAUUCGAUUGCGGCGGCAUACAAUUUACGGGAUGCGCGUUUAGUGGUUGGUACAUGUCAACAGAAAUUGGCUGUCGAAAUCUUUGCGAUUCAGGACGAAGAAACAUGUUGGAGCCAGUUGCAUUGCGAAUGGGACUCGAUACACGAAAUCCGACGUCAUUGUGGAAAGAUAAGGCACUUGUCGAAGUCAACAUUGCUGUUUUGCACUCCUAUCAGAGCAAAAAUAUUACGAUAGUUGACCAUCAUACAGCGAGCGAUAGUUUUAUGAAGCAUUUGGAAAACGAGAUGAAAUUACGAAAAGGCUGUCCCGCAGAUUGGGUUUGGAUUGUUCCCCCAAUGUCGGCUUCAACGAUGCCCGUUUUCCAUCAAGAAAUGGCUUUGUAUUAUCUAAGACCAUCGUUCGAGCAACAAGACAAUCCAAUGAAGACACACAUUUGGGAAAAGGACGAAGACUCAUCAAAAUCAAAAUUGCCGAGACGUAAAUUUCACUUUAAGCAGAUUGCGAGAGCUGUCAAAUUCACAUCCAAACUUUUCGGGCGAGCAUUGUCGCGUCGUAUCAAGGCUACUGUACUUUACGCGACAGAAACUGGAAAAUCUGAGCAUUAUGCCAAACAACUUGUUGAAUUAUUGGGACACGCAUUCAAUGCAAAGAUUUACUGCAUGGAUGAUUACGAUAUUACCUCAAUUGAGCAUGAAGCACUAUUGAUGGUUGUUACAUCGACUUUUGGUAACGGAGAUCCGCCUGAGAACGGAGAGGUAAGAGCUUUUGACCUUUUUCUCUUACAAUUUUCUAUGGAAGAUUAAACUUUUGCACGUGAAUUGUACGAGAUGAAAAUACAGGAGAAUGGCGGUGCAUCGACGCAACAUAGUUUUAGUCCCGUUUCAAAAACAUUCAUCAAAGUCAACUCACGUUUGGAUUUGCUUGCGCUAAAGAAACCUUUGAAGCAAAUUGAUCGUCUCGAUUCGUUACGCGGGUCACUUGCUGAUAGUUUUCCCUCCGAGAGUUUUGGGCCCUUGUCAAAUGUUCGUUUUGCCGUUUUUGCUCUCGGAUCAUCUGCUUAUCCGAAUUUUUGUUCCUUUGGCAAGUACAUUGACAAUAUCUUGGAAGAACUUGGCGGAGAACGUAUUAUGCCAUUAACAACGGGCGACGAAAUCUGCGGGCAAGAACAAGAAUUUCGACGAUGGGCUCCUGAAGUUUUCCAAAUUGCAUGCGAUACUUUUUGCUUGGAUCCCGAAGAUAAUGGCGGAGCGUUUGGGAUGCGAGAUCAAUCAAUUACAACAAUUCGUUUUUCAAAAGUCUCCGAGACACUUUCAAUCGAAGAAGCUCUCGCCAAAUUCCAUAAUCGCGGUAUAAAAGUUUGUACAACGAAGAUAAAGCCACGCAGUUUGCAUAACAACAAUGGAAAUGAACGAAGUACGAUUUCAGUUGAAAUUCUUACGGAUGAAAGUGUGACAUACCAACCGGGAGAUCAUGUAGGAAUUUUUCCGGAAAAUCGAAAAGAACUCGUUGAUGGUAUCAUUGAACGUUUAAUUGGAGUCGAUGAUCCUGAUGAAAUUCUUCAACUUCAAACUCUGAAAGAAGAUCACAAUCCGGAAGGAAUUUUUAAAACAUGGGUUAAACAUGAGAAAUUACCUCCGUGCUCUCUCAGAACUUUGUUAACACGAUUUUUAGACAUUACAACGACUCCUUCGCGUAAACUUUUGCAAUUUUUAGCUACGUGCUGCGAUGAUGACAAAGACGAAGAAGGAAUCAAUACGUUAGCGAACGAUCCUGCUGUUUACGAAGAUUGGCGAUAUUACAAAACUCCCGAUUUGUAUGAACUUUUGCAACAAUUUCCCUCUUGUCGACCUCCUGCUUCAGUAUUAAUUGCACAACUUGUUCCCAUGCCUGCACGAUUUUACUCAAUUUCAUCAUCGCCGUUGAAGAAUCCAAACGAGAUUCAUUUGACAGUUGCUGUUGUAAGCAAAAAUCGUUUCAACCAACUUUUGUAUCAAACAGACAAUGGAAAAGGUCCUCAACAUUACGGUGUUUGUUCCAACUAUUUGGCAAAUUUAGAGAAAAAUGAUCCGAUAUAUUUGUUUGUGAGAAACGCAGCAAGUUUUCACAUUCCAAAAGAUCCUGAACUGCCCGUUAUUUUAAUUGGGCCAGGAACGGGAAUUGCUCCUUUUCGAGGAUUUUGGAAUCAUUGGGAUGCAUUAAGAGAAAUGGGAGAAAAGGUUAAUACACCGAAAGUUUUCCUCUUUUUCGGAUGUCGCACAAAAGCUGUCGAUCUUUACAGCGAAGAAAAGUCUGAUAUGGUUAACAAAGGUGUUUUAGAUAGAGUAUUUUUAGCGUUAUCACGAGAACCAAACAUUCCAAAGACAUAUGUGCAGGACAUUGCAAAACAGGAAUCUGACGCCAUUUACACGUUAAUUGUCAAGGAAAAGGGUCACGUUUACGUUUGCGGCGACGUUACGAUGGCAGAACAUGUUUAUCAAACAUUGAGACGAAUUAUCGCCAACAAGGAACGAAAAUCAGAGAACGAAGUUGAAAAUUUCAUGCUUCGAUUACGGGACGAAAACCGCUAUCACGAGGAUAUUUUUGGAAUUACAUUACGCACACAAGAGAUUCACAACAAAUCACGGGCAACAGCACGAAGUCGAAUGGAAUCACAAAGUUAAAUUAUUAAAAAUAAAUCAAAUUUUUCCUCUAAUUUUUGCUUUUCAAUCAAAUAAUAGCAAACAAAUAAUUAAAAAAAAAUAUCAAAAAAUCAUCAAUUUAACAUCUUAAUGUUGU